UUGCCGGGAAGGACUCCCGGAAAGGGGUUUAUUGGGAAAAGUCUCGUCCGGAAGUCUCGCGUUACGUCUCGUUGCCUUCACACCUGUGCGCUCCUUCGAGUAAUGAACAACCACUCCCCCACCGGACCCCAGUGGAUCCUGUCCGGACGCAGGCGCUGGAACUACUUUCAAGAGUUUAAAGUGAGGUUAAAUGACAACAGGAGGUUGCUGGAAGCUGAAAGCCCAUCCUAGCAGAGUGCGGAGCCACUCGUCUCUGUCAUCCGAGUGCAGCAGAAACGAUCGAGAUGAUCCCAGUGGGCGAAUUAAAACACUUCGGAACGGAGCAGAACUCCCAGUUUCGGGUGCUCAAACCCUGGUGGGAUGUUUUCUCGGAGUACCUGUGCGUUGUUAUGCUCAUGAUUGGAGUCUUUGGGUGCACCUUGCAGCUCACCCAAGAUAAGAUUGCAUGCCUGCCUAGUCACCUCACCAGCCCAACCCCCGAGGCAAUCAACUGUAGCCAUGUCCGUGACUACAUGAACAAUGAGACAUCAGAAGGCAUAAUGGCCAAGCCUCUGGACCCCAUCAUUCGGGAGGCGUUUGGUCGCAAGAACAACCUUGACAUCCACCAAUACGUAUUUGUCAACCACUACUGUUAUGAGAGGUCCGUGCACUGGUAUGCAAAGUACUUCCCAUACCUUGUUGUGGUCCACACUCUGAUUUUCAUGGUUGCAAGCAGCUUCUGGUUCAAAUUCCCCGGAACAUCUUCCAAAAUUGACUUAUUUGUCACCAUCCUGGGCAAGUGUUUUGACUCACCCUGGACCACAAGGGCCUUAAGUGAAGUCUCUGAGGAAAGAGGAGAAGAAAAGCUAUUCAGCCUGAGAAGCAAUACCAUGUCAAAGAAUUCAGCGGAACAGCAAGGAGAUCAGGAGGACACUGUUGGGCUUCUUCGCUCCUCUUCUGUCAAGUCUAAUCCAGAAAAGAAAACCCCAGACCCCCAGCCUACCCCCUCUGUGUUGGACAAGAAGGAGGGAGAGCAAGCGAAAGCCCUUUUCGAAAAGGUGAAGAAGUUUCGAACCCAUGUUGAGGAGGCAGAAAUCUUGUAUCACAUGUAUGUGCUCCAAACAUGCCUUAAAGUCUUCAAGUUCCUCCUUAUCAUUACCUACACCGCAGUGAUGGCACCACAAAUUGAAAUAGUUGUGCGAUGCUAUGUUCCUCCAGAAUUGACUGGUUUUGAUGUUUAUUGCUGUAACCAUAACAAAGCCCAUAUUUUCAGCAAGCUUUCUUACUGCUACAUCUGUUUUGUGGGAGUGUACGGACUUGUAUGCAUUUACACCCUCUACUGGCUAUUUCAUCGGUCUCUGAAGGAGUACUCCUUUGAGCAUGUUAGAUUUGAGAUGGGUAUUAAUGACGUACCGGACGUGAAGAAUGAUUUUGCCUUCCUUCUGCACCUUGUGGACCAAUAUGAUGCUCUUUACUCUAAAAGGUUCGCCUUCUUUCUGUCUGAAGUUAGUGAGGGCCGCCUCCAUCAACUCAAUCUCAACUAUGAAUGGACGGAGAAAAAGCUACGCACCCGUAUUAGUAAGAACUCCAGCAACAGGUUGGAGCUCCAGCUCUUAAUGUUGCCGGGACUUCCUGACACAGUCUUUGACAUUUCUGAGGUGGAGUCGCUCAAACUGGAGCAGGUCAACAAUGUCACUAUCCCAGCUAGUGUGGCAAAGCUGGAGUCUCUGCAGGAGUUAUCAUUGAUCUACAGUUCGGCAAAGCUACAGCUGUCUGCCCUCAACCACCUUAAGGACUGUUUAAAAGUCCUACGUUUGACUUUUGAGAGUUUAGAGGAGGUUCCACUGUGGAUGUAUACCCUUCAUGGGCUGGAAGAGUUGCACUUGAGCGGUCCUUUAACCAAUGAGGUAUCCAGGAGUAGCACUCUGGAAUCCCUCAGAGGGCUCAGAGCUUUAAGACUGCUCACUCUUCGGUCCAAUCUGAGUAAGAUCCCACCCUGUGUAGGGGAUCUGGCAUCACAAUUGGAGCGGUUGUGCAUCAACAACGAAGGGGUCAAACUCCAAGCUUUUAGUAGCUUGAAGAAGCUGACUAACCUGUCGUCAUUAGAGUUGAUAGGCUGUGACCUGGAGCGCAUCCCAAGUGCCGUCUUCAGCCUAAACAAUUUGCUCGAGCUGGACCUGAGGGAAAACAAACUCACCACUGUGGAAGAAAUCCUGAGUUUACAGCACUGCAGGCGUUUGGUGACUCUUCGACUGUGGCACAACAAAAUCACAUACAUCCCAGAACACAUCAGCAAAUUGCGCACCUUGGAGACGCUGGAUCUGAGUUGGAACAAGCUGCUCAAGCUGCCCUCACGGCUCUUUUACUGUACCAAAAUCCGACACCUGGACAUCUCCCACAACCUGAUCACCUCAAUCCCUCCUGAAGUGAGCAUCCUUCAGGGUCUUCAGGUCUUGUCCGCUGCCUUUAACUCCUUAGAGACAUUACCAGAGGAGCUGUUCACUUGUAAAAAGCUGAAGACUUUGAUUCUUGGUAACAACCGCCUGUCAUACCUUAGCUCCAGGGUGGCGAACCUGGCUCAGUUAGUGCGACUGGAAAUUAAGGGAAACCGUCUGGAGUCUCUACCUCAGGAGAUUGGGGACUGUCCCAUGCUGAGACUAAGUGGAUUUGUAGUAGAGGACAGUCUUUUGGAUCUGCUGCCAUCAGAUGUACGAAAUAGGCUGACGCAGAGCUGAAAUUAAACAGCCAUGGGUUAUCACAGACUCCUCUUUUAUCUGAUCAGCUUUGAAGCAAUUUUUUUCUGUCAGAGAGCAGAGUUUUGUGAAAGACUUAAGGGAAAACCAAAACCACAUAAGACUGAACCUCACAGAAUUGAUUUAGGUUUUGUCGGAAAAAAAAUCUAAACUACAGCUUUUAACAUUUUUUAGGUAUUUUUACUGAUUAUGUUUGUACCAUAUCCUGUUGAACAGGUUUAUAUGAAUACGAGUGUAUUCAAAAUAGGUCAGCUCAAGUUGCUGCCUCUCGGGUUCAUGGCUAAUGGGAGGUUUAAAAAAAGCUUUCAGUUGACAGAUAAAAGAUAUUUGUCUCUUUGUUUGCUCAUUCAUGUCGAUGGAGAGAGGAGUUGAAUCAGAACAAAGGUGAUGAAAAAGUAUGAUUUUUUUAAAUGUGUUUUUUAUGUCCUAAGCAAAGCUUUAAACAGCUUGUAAGUGUAUAUUGUGUUUCUUAAGUUUAAUUUUAUAAGUCUUAGACAUGUCUUAUUCUGUGUAAUUUGUGUUAAAUAUAUCACUCUCUGAUGAGGGCUGUCACGAUGACAUGGUUAUCCUUUCCAACAAAUUUCCUCAUAUUGACAAUAUCAUAUCAGUUGAAAUCUUGAUUAAAAAUAUCGUUUUGAUUUUAUAUAGUUUUGUUCCUUUUGUCAAUAAUAACUGCACAUAAAGCCCCCAGUGUGCAAUCAAUAUAUAUAUUUUUUUCAAUGAUGAUCAAAUCCCUAUAUCACAUUUAAUUGUUUUGAUAUCAUAAUUUUCAACAAUCCUAUUUCA